AUGCCUUCUGAGAAGAGCGCCAGAGGAGUGCUUGAAGCUGCGUCAUCACUGCUUCCAACACGAGCCAUGAAGAGGGAUAAGAAAGACGAGGAAACCGGCGGAAAUCCGUUCGCACAUCUCGACAAAACAUCAGUGCUUCAGGAAGCACGAGCCUUCAACGAAACUCCAAUAAAUGCGAGGAAAUGUAGCAUCAUCCUUACCAAGCUUCUCUACAUGAUUCAACAAGGCGAAACUAUCGGCCGCACAGAAGCUACCGAAGCGUUUUUCGCAGUGACAAAACUUUGGCAGAGCAAGGAUGCAAAUCUGAGACGUCUCGUUUACGUGGCUGUAAAAGAUCUCUCAAGCCUCGCUGACGACGUCAUUAUUGUGACUAGCAGUCUUACAAAGGACAUGACUGGCCGAGAAGAUGUCUAUCGAGCUGCUGCCAUCCGAGCCUUGUGCAGAAUUACAGACACAGGAAUGCUCCAGACCAUUGAGCGAUACAUGAAACAGGCAAUAGUGGAUAAAAACGGUGCAGUUUCAUCGGCUGCUUUGGUUUCGGCAAAACAUUUGAUGAAGAAGAACGCCGAGGUGGUCAGACGGUGGGCGAACGAAGUCCAAGAAGCGGUGUCGUCAGACAAUAAUAUGGUACAGUACCAUGCUCUUGGAGUACUGUAUCACAUACGAAGUAAUGACAGACUAGCAGUGAACAAGCUGGUGCAGAAAUUCAGCAAGAGCGGUUUGAGAUCUCCUCAUGCUGUUUGUUACCUAAUUCGUAUUGCUGCAAAACUCAUUGAGGAAGAUGAACAAGCGGACUCCUCAAUUUUCUCGUUUAUUGAGGCAUGUCUCCGUCAUAAAAGUGAGAUGGUAGUAUAUGAAGCCGCGAGCGCAAUUGUUGCGUUGCCGAAUACUACCCCAGGUGAACUGGCUCCGGCUAUUUCGGUACUUCAGUUGUUCUGCUCAUCACCGAAGGCAGCUCUCCGAUUCGCUGCUGUGCGAACACUCAACAAGGUUUCCAUGAAGCAUCCUAAUGCAGUGAUGAGCUGCAACGUGGAUCUAGAGAAGCUGAUAACGGAUUCGAAUAGAUCGAUUGCUACUCUUGCGAUUACCACUCUUUUGAAAACAGGCGCCGAGAGCAGCGUCGAAAGAUUGAUGAAACAGAUUAGCUCAUUCGUGUCUGAAAUCAGUGAUGAGUUCAAGAUUGUUGUCGUCGAUGCUAUUCGCUCCUUAUGUGCACGUUACCCGAGAAAACAUGCUGUAAUGAUGCCUUUCCUCGCCAGUAUGCUGAGAAAUGAUGGAGGAUUUGAGUAUAAAAAGGCGAUCGUUGAGACAAUAAUCGCUAUUGUGGAAGAAAAUCCGGAUGCGAAGACAGCAGGUCUCGCUCAUUUAUGCGAAUUCAUCGAAGAUUGUGAACAUGACAGUUUGGCUACACGAGUACUGCACCUUCUAGGCAGAGAAGCUCCGAAAACUGCGAAUCCAUCAAGCUACAUUAGAUUCAUUUACAAUCGUGUCAUCUUGGAAAGCACGAAGGUUCGUGCUGCUGCCGUCACUGCACUUGCGAAGUUUGGUGCCCAGUGUGCUGAGCUUCGUCCUUCGAUUCAAGUACUAUUAAAAAGAUGUCUGUUGGACAACGAUGAUGAGGUUCGUGAUCGUGCUACUUUCUACCUCACAUUGCUGGGUGAUGCUACAGCAUCUGUGAUCAACAGUUUUGUUUUGGAUGGCUUGCAGGUGCUUCCGUCGAGUCUUGAACAUUGUCUGUUUGACUAUGUGAAAGGUGAUUCAUUCAACACGCCAUUUGAUCUUCGUGUGGUGCCAGUAACCAGCCAACCACUUUCGCAGCCUGAGAAGCGCGCUCCAGUGCUUGCUGAUGUUCCUGUGGAGAAGCCCGCCGUGGUAAAGAAGGAUCCGUAUGCAGAUCAACUCGCCCAAGUUCCGGAGUUCACUCAGUUGGGGCCGCUCUUUCAUUCAUCUGCUCGUGCUGCUCUUACCGAUGAUGUCACGGAGUACACUGUUCACGCUGUCAAACAUAUAUUUACCAAUCACGUCGUUAUCCAGUUCGACUGCAAGAACACGCUGAGUGAUCAGCUCCUUGAAGAUGUAUUCGUGGAACUUGAAGAUGCAGAGGGAGAAUGGUCUGUUGCAAAUGCGAUCCCGAUUAAAAGCUUGCCGUACAAUGAGACAAAGUCCACUUAUGUGCUAAUGGAGUUCCCAGAAAGUGGCUCUGUAACUGGGACAUUUGGGGCAACUCUGAAGUUCAAUGUCAAAGAUGUUGAUCCAGCAACGGGAGAGCCGGAAUCAGACGAUACUUACGAGGAUAGUUAUGUAUUGGAAGAACUGGAGCUAUCCAUUGGAGACCUGGUAGCCCCUGUAGCCAAACAAAACUUUGCUGCUUCAUGGGAAGCUAUGGGAGGAGUUACCACGGUGGACGAGACUUUCACUCUGACUACAGUUGGCACUUUGGCAGAAGCUAUAAAAAAGGUGGCUGAACUUCUUGGAAUGGCACCCUGUGAGCGUAGCGAUCGUGUACCAGAAGGAAAGACUCAACAUACCACAAUGCUGGCGGGAGUAUUCCGCGGAGGAUUUGAGGUUCUUGCUCGACUAAAUGUGGCGAUUGAUCCUGCUGACAAAUCUGUGAACAUGAACAUUCUAGUGCGCUGCGAACAACCGGAUGUGGCUGAAUUGUUGGCUAGUGCCAUUGCCUGA